UAGGAGAAGAGAGGAGAGGAGAGGAGAGGAGAGGAGAGGAUUGUUCCAGAGCAGAGGAGAGAUGGAGAGUGUUACUCAAACCCUCCAGCGGCUCCUCAAAGCUUCAGCCAGCGCCCAGACCCUCCACCAGCUGCUCCCCAAUGCCACUGAGAGUGCCCGCAGUGUGACCCUUCUCCAGCUGCUCGUGAACGCCAGCGCCAGCACUGCCCCCCCCCUGCCCAGCAUGCCCCAGACGCCGGCGGAGCUGCAGGCGAUCACCAUCCUGCUGGCGCUGCUGAUCUGUGGCGUGGGCAUCACUGGCAACGUGAUGGUGGUCAUGGUGGUGCUCCGCUCCAGGCACAUGGUCACGCCCACCAACUGCUACCUGGUGAGCCUGGCGCUGGCCGACCUGGUGGUGCUGGUGGCGGCCGGGCUGCCCAACCUCUCCGAGGUGCUGGCCUCCUGGGUGUACGGCUACUGGGGCUGCCUCCUCAUCACCUACCUGCAGUACCUGGGCAUCAACGUGUCGUCCUGCUCCAUCACCGCCUUCACCGUGGAGCGCUACAUCGCCAUCUGCCACCCCAUCCGGGCGCAGUUCAUCUGCACGGUGGCGCGCGCCAAGCGCAUCAUCGCCGGCGUCUGGCUGCUCACCGCGCUCUACUGCACCAUGUGGUUCUUCCUGGUGGACGUGCACGAGACGCGCUACGCCGACGGCGUUCUGGUCGCCUGCGGCUACCGCGUCUCGCGCAACCUCUACACGCCCAUCUACUUCCUGGACCUCACGCUAUUCUACCUGGUUCCGCUCCUGGUGGCUCUGGUUCUCUACGGGCUCAUCGCCCGGAUCCUCGUCAUGAGCCCUCUGCCCGCCAGCCUGGGGGGGCAUGGCGGGGGCAACGGCUCCGUCCACCAGGGCCGUGCCAACAGCACCCUGCAUGGACUCGCAAGCACCAAAGCUAACAAGGGCGCCAUGUCCUCCAGGAAACAGGUGACUAAGAUGUUGGCGGUGGUGGUGGUUCUGUUUGCCCUGCUGUGGCUGCCGUACCGGGCCCUGGUGGUGGUGAACUCCCUGAUGGACCCACCCUACCUGGACACCUGGUUCCUGCUCUUCUGCCGCACCUGCGUCUACGCCAACUCCGCCAUCAACCCCAUUAUCUACAACCUCAUGUCCCAGAAGUUCCGCUCCGCCUUCCGCAAGCUCUGUCACUGCCAGGGCGGAGCCGGCGGGGGGGCGGGGGGCGGGGGCAGCCAGAGGGCACCCAAUCACAACCCUCCUGUGUACUACAGCGCGAUGAAGAACUCCUCCCAGGAGAGCCCGGAGCGCCUGACGGAGCAGGAGGAGCUGAACCCCUACAGCGUCGCCACCAAGAGAGUAAACUUCUCCCCGCAGCCUGGAGGGGAGGACACAGCAGCCAUGUUCAGCAUCGCCUGAGGUCCAGCAGAGAGAGAGUGAGAGAGAGAUGAGAGAGUUGAGCUUCUGUACAGACACACACAACUGACUCAGAACCGUAUGGACCAAUGGGACUGUGAAGGCGAAUCGGACACUGAGGCCUCUAAAAGCAACUCGGUCACAGAGGCUGUUUAUUCACGGACAUCAGAUUCUCUAAAAGCGACUCGGUCACGGAGGCUGUUUAUUCACGGACAUCAGAUUCUCUAAAAGCGACUCGGUCACGAAGGCUGUUUAUUCACGGACAUCAGAUUCUUUAAAAGCGACUCGGUCAAUGAGGCUGUUUAUUCACGGACAUCAGAUUCUUAUAUUCCUGUACUCAGGUCACACUGUGCUUACUUGGUUUGAUUUAAUUGUUUGGUGGGUCAACCCUAUCUGAGGAUUUGAUUGGUUAGUGGGGAAACCCUACCCGAGAAUUUGAUUGGUUGGUAUGGUAGUAGUAAUCUUAAGUAACUUAAAGACAGGUACAAGAACCUAAAGACAGGUACAAGAACCUAAAGAAGCAGAAUCUAAAGACAGGUACAAGAACCUAAAAAAGCAGAACCUAAAGACAGGUACAGCAACCUAAAAAAGCAGAAUCUAAAGACAGGUACAAAAACCUAAAGAAGCAGAAUCUAAAGACAGGUACAGGAACGUAAAGAACAGGUACAGGAACCUAAAGACAGGUACAAAUGCAUGAAGGCAAAAUAUGACCACCCUGUCUAUAAAACUCUAUCUAUCUUUAUUUAUUUUUCAUUGAAAUGUUUUGUAUGGGAAUGUGAAAAGUCUAAUGUUGUGAUAAUGUUGUUGUAAAAGUGCUUGUCAUGUGUAAAUAUUUUACCUGUUUGUGACCCAGGUUUCGCUCGAUGUUAGAAUCACUCAUCUUAACCCAUGCAGAACAUUGGGCCCACGGAACCAUGCAGAACAUUGGGCUCUCAGAACCGUGCAGAACAUUGGGCUCUCAGAACCAGAGACAGACGUUAGCUGUCACUCAGAGCCAGACGUUAGCUGUCACUCAGAGCCAGACGUUAGCUGUCACCCAGAGCCAGACGUUAGCUGUCACCCAGAGCCAGACGUUAGCUGUCACUCAGAGCCAGACGUUAGCUGUCACCCAGCC